AAGUUGUUGGAACGAUCGAGAAAUUGUUGGAAUUGAACUCAAAUAGUAGUGGUGGGUGGACCCACGCGCUACCAUGAUUGUUGGUGCAUUUUGGGGUUGACCAACAAUGUCUCCCACUCCUUGUCACUCCAAUGCCAGCGAUUAAGACCACCAUCACUCUAGGAGGGAGAUCGGAGUCGAUUUCCAUCAUAUAUCCUUUCUCUCUCUCCACUGUUGUUCAUUUUUGGGCUAGACGUGUUUUGAUGGAGAGAAAAAGGUGGGUCACAGUGGUUGGUGAUGUUUGAUGGUCGGUUUUGGUGGCGGAUAAGAUGUUUUGGCCAAGAAAUAGAGGAGAGGGGGCUACUCGUCCGUCGGAAAAUAAAGGGGGAUACUGGGCAGCCAUUUAUCGACGGGAGGAGAUGGAUAGGCGGUGCUGGCCCUGCUGGGUGUUUAUAGGAGAGAGAGAGAGAGAUGUUAUUUAUCUUUCUUUUUUUUCUCGAAUUUUCUCCCCCUUCUUUGUGCAUGUUACUCUCUCUCUCUCUCUCUCUCUCUUUCAUUACCCUCUUAUACGACCGAAAAUUCCUACCUUAUAUUCCCUUUUUUAUUUAUUUGGUAUUCUUUAUCAUGACUAAUUUAUUUAUUUAUUUUUUCUAGCAAAUAAGAUCCCAAAUAAAAAAAGUCUUGGUCUCCUUCCUUUAUCCUAGAAUAUGCUAAUCAUAAAUUGACAAAUCAUCCAUCCCAUCUCUAAUCCAGUUGGAUUAUCAUUAAACUUCAUUUAACCCUUACUUCCCCAAACAAAACUUAAUUAGCCCCUACUCUAAUCACACUCUACUAUGUAUUAGGGCUUUACUAAAAAAAAAAAAAAAAACAUAACAUCACAUCACAUCACUUCUACUUAAAACCCCAAAGCUCAAACUCCAUACACCAUCAUGAAACCUUAAAAAUGCCAAAACCAUAAGAAUCACCAAGCCCCUCUUCAAUUUCUCUCCAGAAACAAACCAUGGCAGUCACCAAAACAGAACCCAUAAACGGCAGCACAACAAAAUCAUCAGCACCACCAUCAUCAAUGUCUCUUAAAUCGGAUCUGCUGUCAACACUAUCGCUCAAAUCACUGAAACUCAAGACCAAACAACAAGAACUCCUGAUCCGUGUCUCAAUACUCUGUUUAGUCUAUGUUUUAGCUUUUAUCACUCGUUUGUUUAGUGUCUUACGUUAUGAGUCAAUGAUCCAUGAAUUCGAUCCUUACUUCAAUUAUCGAACUACCCUUUUCUUAACUCAAAAGGGUUUUUAUGAAUUCUGGAAUUGGUUCGAUUCCGAGAGUUGGUACCCUCUUGGACGUAUCAUUGGAGGAACCCUUUAUCCUGGAUUGAUGGUUACUGCAGCCAUUAUGUACUGGGGUUUGCGAUUCUUACGUUUUGCUGUUCAUAUUCGCGAAGUUUGUGUGUUGACAGCACCGUUUUUUGCGUCGAAUACUACGCUUGUUGCGUAUUUUUUCGGCAAAGAGAUAUGGGACACUGGUGCUGGGUUGGUUGCUGCUGUUUUGAUUGCGAUUUGUCCUGGUUAUAUAUCGCGAUCUGUUGCAGGGUCUUAUGAUAAUGAAGGGGUUGCGAUUUUCGCAUUGUUGCUGACUUUUUAUUUCUUUGUUAAGGCAGUGAAUACGGGGUCUUUAGCGUGGGGAUUGGCAUCGGCUUUUGGGUAUUUUUAUAUGGUUUCUGCUUGGGGAGGUUAUGUUUUUAUUAUUAAUUUGAUACCGCUCUAUGUGUUGGUGUUGCUGAUUACCGGGAGGUAUUCGAUGAGGUUGUAUGUGGCCUAUAAUUGUAUGUAUGUGUUGGGAAUGUUGCUUGCUAUGCAGAUUCGGUUUGUGGGGUUUCAACAUGUGCAGUCCGGUGAGCACAUGGCAGCUAUGGGUGUGUUCUUCUUGAUGCAGGUGUUUUAUUUCUUAGAUUGGGUUAAGUAUCUGCUAAAUGAUAAAAAGUUGUUUGAAGCCUUCUUGAGGAUUACUGUGACCUGCGCAGUGGGUGUAGGUGCUAUUGCUCUUGGAGUUGGCACAGCAUCUGGGUAUAUUUCACCGUGGACUGGCAGAUUUUACUCUCUGUUGGAUCCAACAUAUGCUAAGGAUCACAUCCCCAUCAUUGCAUCUGUCUCUGAGCAUCAGCCAACAGCUUGGUCAUCUUUCAUGUUUGAUUUCCACAUCCUACUUUUCCUUUUCCCUGCUGGUCUGUAUUUCUGCUUCAAGCGGCUGUCAGAUGCCACAAUAUUCAUUGUUAUGUAUGGCCUAACAAGCAUGUAUUUUGCUGGUGUCAUGGUUCGGUUAAUUCUUGUUGCUACACCUGCGGUAUGCUUAAUUAGCGCCAUUGCUGUUUCUGCCACUAUAAAGAAUUUGACUAUGCUGUUAAGGACUAAGAGCAAGGUUUCCCAAACUGGUUCUACUAAGGGAACAGGUGGUGGAAAGGCUUCUUCUAAGGCUUUGCUUGAUCAGUCUCAACCUUUUCAAAACAAUGGUGCUAUUGCAUUGCUUUUUGGUGCAUUUUACUUGCUCAGUAGGUAUGCCAUACAUUGUACCUGGGUUACAUCAGAGGCCUACUCGUCUCCUUCAAUUGUCUUGGCUGCAAGGGGUGCCCAUGGUAAUAGGGUGAUCUUUGAUGAUUACCGUGAGGCUUACUUUUGGCUUCGACAGAAUACUCCUCCAGAUGCUAAGGUGAUGUCAUGGUGGGAUUACGGGUAUCAGAUCACUGCCAUGGGAAACAGAACAGUUAUUGUUGACAAUAAUACCUGGAACAAUACACACAUUGCCACUGUUGGCCGUGCAAUGUCAUCUUAUGAAGAUGAGGCGUAUGAGAUAAUGAAAUCACUUGAUGUGGAUUAUGUGCUAGUUGUCUUCGGGGGUGUUACAGGCUAUUCUUCUGAUGAUAUCAACAAGUUUUUAUGGAUGGUGAGAAUUGGAGGCGGAGUAUUCCCUGUAAUUAAGGAACCCGACUAUCUUGUCAAUGGGGAGUAUCGUGUUGACAAAGGUGCAGCUCCCAAGAUGUUGAACUGUCUCAUGUACAAGCUAUCCUACUAUCGAUUUGGAGAGCUGGUGACAGAGUAUGGGAAACCUCCAGGGUAUGAUCGAGCAAGGGGGGUCGAAAUUGGAAACAAGGACAUUAAACUUGAACACUUGGAAGAGGCAUUUACGACAUCUAAUUGGAUUGUUCGUAUUUACAAGGUCAAGCCACCAAAUAACAGGUGGUGAAAUCUCUCAUUCCACUGAGGAGGAGAAGGGAUUUGGUUGUUGAACUGCAAUCUUGAUUCUUGAGAGAUAGAUGUGGCCAUAGAAGUAGAAAAUUAUUAGUAAGAGAUUGAGCUUGUAACAUUCGAGGCUUUUGAAUUUUCUGGGCCCGAAUUUUGGUGUUUCCUCCAUCCCUUCACCCCCAUCCAUCAGAACCAUUUAUCAUGCUAUAUUGCUGAUAAACCAUCUUA